GGUCGACACCCUCCGAAAAGAGAUGAGGCGCCACGGCAAGUAUAAAGCGCGCAGCACGCACCGCGCCAUCGCCACAGGCGUGAGAGACAUGCUGUCGGCUGCACCUUGCCAAGACAGAUGCGACCAGUCCAAGCUCGAACGGCGUUCGCUCGGAAGGUUCGCGGCGAAUGUCACAGGCCCUACAUGCCCAAUGGCGUCGUCGUUUCCGUUCGCUGCCACACAAACGCAUUAACGGCAACGGCGGCUGCAGCAACCAACAGAGGUAGCGAUGCCACACAUUACACGGUUGCAAGUUGCUCCAGUGUGCUCGUGCAUUGCUCCUGUUGCUGCCCAGCGGGACAAGCACACGAACGGGGUCAAUCGACCAUACGACAGCGCAGCAUGUGGCUGGACACCUCGUCGAUCUCAUGGAAUUUGGCUAGUCCGGCCAUUACUCACCUACCGGACGACUUCGACCGCGCUUGCGGCGGAUUGACAAGUCCAGCAACGACUCCUUGCGGCACGCGACGGCCGAGGUGAGAUGAAGCGCCGCAGCAUGUGUCCUGACCGCUUUCUCCUCUGUGGAGUCCUCCCGCGGCGAUGGGGAGUGCCGCCUCCGUUGUUCGAUCUACCAAGAAUCAGCUGCAUCCUGUCGACCUGAGUUAGCCCGACCUGCGUUCGCACAUGUCUCGUCGGGGAGGAUGACGUCGGGGCAAGCGCUCGUUGCUUGUGUCGCCAAGUGUGCUCGGGCCACGUGUCGGUGGGGUGUACGGGCUGCACCUAGGUGUGUGGGAACGUAACAGCGGGGGCACCUAAGAGAUGUGCACGAAAACUUCUCGCAUUGACACGACCAGGCAGUCCAUUCGGAGCAAGCUAAUACAUUAUGCAUGGAGGA